GACAAACAGUAUAUUUUAAAAAAAAUAAUAAAAGAAAGGUCUUUGUUGUUGGUACAAAAAGGAGUUCAAUUCAAACUGUCUUCGAGCCAUUCUCCAUAAAAGUUUCUAUUUCAAUCUUUUUAUUAUUGCUUCAAUUUCAAAAAAGGACAAAAUCUUCUGGGUCUUUUCCUUGAUUCAGCUAGAGUUUCUCUAAUUGCAGCUUUAGAGUAUUCAAUGUAUAUAAACAAAGAACAAAACACUGAUUGCACUGAUGGUUAUUGCAGGAAUGACGACCAAAAUGCUUAAAUUCAAACAUCGCAAGCAUUUAGAUUCCAUUCGAGGUAUUUGUUGUCUUCUCGUUAUUCUAUUCCACUGCCACCUUCCCGCUUUCUCCAAUGGCUCUGUCGGCGUCGAUGUCUUCUUCGUACUUUCGGGCUACCUCAUAACUUCAAUUUUGCUCAGAGAACUUUACAACAACGAUCGAAUAGAUUUUUCCAAUUUUUAUUGUAGACGCUUUACCAGAUUAUUUCCGGCUUCAUGCUUGGCUCUGAUUUUAACAGCGAUUAUUUACAUAUUUAUCGAGCUCCCUGAAUAUACUGAACGACAUAAGAAUUCAUUUUUGUGGUCUUCGCUUUAUGGUCAAAAUUGGUAUGCUUUGAGAAUUGCGACUGAUUAUUUUACAGAAAAAGGGUCUGACCAAAGUCCAGUUAUACAUUUUUGGUCGCUUUCAAUUGAGGAACAGUUUUAUUUCAUUUAUCCUUUGCUAAUCUCAGUUUUGUGGUCAGUUUGUCGCAAAAACUUAAAAUACUUAUUUUUCACUUUCGUUGGCACUUUUUUCAUAACUAGUGCGUAUAAUAUCCACUUAUGGGAUCAAAACCCAAUGAUUUCUUAUUUUUCUACUUUCGGACGUGUUUACCAACUACUUGCAGGUUCUGUUUUGGCAGUUGUUAUCCUUUUGAGAGAGACAAAAAAUCAGUUUAACAAGCAGCCAGAGCAGAAAGAAUCAAAAAUUGAAAAAGUUUCCGACUAUCUUUCUGGUGGUCUGUUGGCGGUAUUUGUGUUAUUUGUGCUACUUUUUACCCAGAUAAACAGUUUAUUUUUAGGUCAAAUUACAGUAUUGGGAUCGUUUGCUCUUUUUACGCUUCUGGAAAUUUCCUCCGAGAAUGGGCAAAUUAAAACAAAGUUUUUUGAGAAUAAAAUAAUUUGCUUCAUUGGAAAUCUCUCCUAUGGCAUGUACCUUUGCCACGUGCCAAUCUCUAAGUUCGGAGAUAUUCUGGGUCUUGAGGCACUUGAUGGACCAUUGCGUGCAGUGCAGAUAUUGAUUGUAACAUUUCUUGCAGCAGUCGUUUUACACUUCCUGGUGGAAACUCCAACGAAGCAAUUGAUCGCUAAACUUAAUCCCAAGCCCGUCCAUAUUCUGGCUUUCUUCUUAUGCUUACUUUUUCUCCAAACUGCAUUUCUAGGAAUAGUUUUUUCGAGCUGUAGAAGCCAGAAAGAAGCACAAGACGAACCACUUGCUUUAGUCAACAUGCAAUAUGAGAGUUCGACCAACUCGACCGAUGAAAAAUUCUAUUUUCUUUGCAAUGAGUUUCGCAAAUUUGGAAGUAUUUUCCUCACUGGUGAUUCUUAUACCGAAGCGUGGGUUGAACCAUUUCUAGAGUUGAAAAAAGAAUGCAACAUAUCAUUUGAAUACGCUCAUAUGUGGGAGAGCGCGUCGCCUUAUUUGACGAACUUGGAAAAAACCGAACGUGAUACUACCUAUAAUUAUCAAACUUAUCGUGUUAAAGCACAAAUUUAUCUCACAAAAACACGUCCAAAUUUAACAUUUUUCUUUACCAGGACCAUACAAAAAGUUAAACUAUGGUACGGAAACUUCAGCGGUAUAAGCGUUGAUGAUAAUCUACUGGAAUGGGAAAAACUUAUACGGCAAGCUUACUUUGAAUUUGUACCAUAUGCGUUGAAGUAUACCACUGGAGUAUUUUUAUUAGAGCAUCCACAUGCAAUAAAUGAGCCGAAAAAAUGCCUGAAAAGAAUCAAAAACUUGCACAAAGACGACUGGUUGAAUUACGCGAAUCAGUGCCAAGCAGAACUGAAGUACGAUAGCGGAAUAGAAGUUAUGAGAAAUCUGUUCAAAGACCUGAAACAGACAUACGACAGGUUCUAUUACAUCGACCUGGGCCCCUUAAUUUUUCAUAACCAAUCAAGCUUGUUUGUUUUUGGUUCUGUCUCUGAUGGUGUGAUAGUAUGGAAGAAUUCAGCUCAUAUUAGCACCGAGUUUGCGAGAAAAAAAAUUGGCGUCCUAGCUGAAGAAAUCAUUAACCAAAAUAUUCACACAAAUACAUUCGCUAAUUAAAUGAAAAGCUGAAAUUCUUUUUCUAAAUCAGAACAAAAAUCAUUCAUAAUCGCGCAGUUACUUUUUUUGAGGCUUGCAUUUUUAAUCUAGUUUUAUUAUUGGUGUGUGUAUCCAAGUUUUAAAUGCUGACAAUGCUGUAAUAUACUAAUAAGUAUUAAUGGUAUUAUAAAGUGUUUCAGGUGUAAACUAGAGUCAAAAAAGAUCAAUGAAUAUAAGCAAAAAUAUCGAGUUGUAUAUUAAGUAGAUUGAAAGGACGCUGUUAAAUUCAGUUUGUGUAAAAAUCAAGUAAUGAAACGCUAGUAAAAAAUUAAAUAAGUAAUAGUUGGAUUUGGCAGCUCUUUAGA